AUGGACAAAGAGAUCCUUCCUUGUCGGUCACUCUGUCAAGCUGUAAAACAGGGUUGUGAGGGAAGGAUGUCCGUGUACGGUUUCCCAUGGCCAGAAAUGUUGUCAUGCGAUAAAUAUCCCGAGGAUAACGACAUGUGUAUCAAGGCGAUAAAUACCGAGAAACAAGGCAAGUUGGCACGCCCAAUGCACGAAUAUCUCUAUUUCUAA